ACGGCAAACAUGGCAAACCGCCCUAAGCAGCACCACUGCCCUCGCCCGGCGGCGGAGGGAACGGAUUUCCCCACUUCAUCGGGUGAGGCGAAACUCACCGCUAGCACUACAGAAACAACGGAACCAAGAUGGCGGCCACCUGCGAACGGAAGAGAGACAUUCACUGUAGCGGACUACAUCUCUAAAGAGCGAAUUAUGGCCAGGCUUACUGCUGCAUAGAAGACUACAACUCCCGGCAGGCGCCGCGCGGCCCGGCUAGAGGAGCUGAGAGGGAAGUUGAGGGGCGGAGCUCAUAAAUAGUGGCACGGCCCAUCUGCCUCGUGUAAAAUGGUGGCGGCGGUAGCAGCAGCAUCUGUAUCAUCCGCUGCGGUCUAAGUAGAGCGCGCGGUAGGCCGACGUGUACUCGUCCCUUAUCACCUCUAUGUUGAGGCCCUUGCCGUGAGUAGGGACUGUGGAGCUACGGUGAGGGGGAAGUCCGAGCUUGCGUGCCUCAGCGUCGGCCGGUUGCUGGCAGGGGCGGGUGACACUGCGGGUGCGGAGCAGUGCUCCUCAGGUAGAGCCUGCUGCUCCCGUCUCCUCAGCAGGAGGAGGUUGAAGCUGCUGUGGGUGGUGGUCGCUCGGCUCUUGUCUGUUCGGCUAUGUCGGACAAUCAGAGUUGGAAUUCGUCCAGUUCUGAAGAGGACCCCGAGACCGAGCUCGGGUUGCCUGUUGAACUCUGUGGGGUACUCAGUAAGUGGACCAACUACAUUCAUGGGUGGCAGGAUCGAUGGGUAGUUUUGAAAAGCAACACACUCAGUUAUUAUAAGUCUGAAGAUGAAACUGAAUAUGGCUGCAGAGGCUCUAUCUGUCUGAGCAAGGCUGUGAUUACACCCCAUGACUUUGAUGAAUGCAGAUUUGAUAUUAGUGUAAACGAUAGUGUUUGGUACCUCCGAGCUCAGGAUCCAGACCACAGGCAACAGUGGGUAGAUGCAAUAGAACAACACAAGACUGAAUCUGGCUAUGGAUCAGAGUCAAGUUUACGACGCCAUGGUUCCAUGGUGUCUCUUGUUUCUGGAGCAAGUGGAUACUCUGCAACUUCCACCUCUUCAUUCAAGAAGGGCCAUAGCUUAUGUGAGAAGCUUGCAGAAAUGGAAACCUUUAGAGACAUCUUGUGUAGACAAGUUGAUACUUUACAGAGAUACUUUGAUGCCUGUGCAGAUGCAGUUUCCAAAGAUGAACUCCAGAGGGAUAAAGUGGUAGAAGAUGAUGAAGAUGAUUUCCCUACAAUGCGUUCUGAUGGGGAUUUUUUACAUAACAGUAACAGCAGUAAGGAAAAAUUGUUUCCACAUGUGACACCCAAAGGAAUUAACGGCAUAGACUUUAAAGGAGAAGCUAUAACUUUCAAGGCAACUACUGCUGGAAUCCUUGCUACACUCUCUCAUUGUAUUGAACUCAUGGUAAAACGUGAAGAAAGCUGGCAAAAAAGACUAGAUAAGGAGGUAGAGAAAAGGAGAAGAAUUGAAGAAGCAUACAAAAAUGCUGUGACAGAACUGAAAAAAAAAUCCCACUUUGGAGGGCCAGACUAUGAGGAGGGUCCUAAUAGUCUGAUUAAUGAAGAAGAAUUCUUUGAUGCUGUUGAAGCUGCUCUCGAUAGACAGGAUAAAAUGGAAGAACAGUCCCAAAGUGAAAAGGUCAGAUUACACUGGCCAACAUCCUUACCUUCUGGAGAUGCAUAUUCUGCUGUGGGGACUCAUAGAUUUGUCCAAAAGCCCUAUAGUCACUCUUCCUCCAUGUCUUCCAUUGAUCUAGUCAGUGCCUCUGAUGUUCACAGAUUCAGCACUCAGGUGGAAGAGAUGGUACAAAAUCAUAUGAUAUAUUCCUUACAAGAUGUAGGGGGAGAUGCCAAUUGGCAGCUAGUGGUAGAAGAAGGAGAAAUGAAGGUGUACAGAAGAGAGGUAGAAGAGAAUGGAAUAGUUUUAGAUCCUUUGAAAGCAACACAUGCUGUUAAAGGGGUAACAGGGCAUGAAGUUUGCCACUACUUCUGGAAUGUCGAUGUUCGUAAUGACUGGGAAACAACAAUUGAAAAUUUCCAUGUUGUGGAAAACUUAGCUGAUAACGCAAUCAUCAUUUACCAGAUGCAUAAGAGGGUGUGGCCUGCUUCUCAAAGGGAUGUGCUGUAUUUGUCUGCCAUCAGAAAGAUACUAGCAUUCAGUGAAAAUGAUCCUGAAACAUGGAUUGUGUGCAAUUUCUCUGUGGAACAUGACAGUGCUCCUCUGAACAAUCGCUGUGUCCGUGCCAAAAUAAAUAUUGCUAUGAUUUGUCAGACAUUAGUGAGCCCACCAGAGGGGAACAAGGAAAUAAGCAGGGACAAUAUUCUAUGCAAGAUCACAUAUGUAGCUAAUGUGAACCCAGGAGGAUGGGCACCAGCAUCUGUGUUACGGGCAGUGGCAAAACGAGAAUAUCCAAAAUUCUUAAAGCGUUUUACAUCAUAUGUGCAAGAGAAGACAGCAGGAAAGCCUAUUUUAUUCUAGUAUUAGUAGCGAUCAGAACAAGACUGGGUGAGUAUUCCACGCUGAAGUGACCAUGCAUAGAGCACUCCAUGCUGGAACGAAGGAUCUACAGUCUUUUUAUGGCCAAAGUUCUAGGCUUUGUAUACUGAAAUAAAGAAGUGUUGCGACACCAUGAGGCUGAAUAUUUACCGCUAGUGCUCUCCUAAAUUUUCUUGUGGAAUCAAUGUGUAAUUAUAAAUAGAUUUAUUGAUAACAAGCAUAUGAUUAUUUUAUUUGUUUGCUUUAGAAGAGGAAGAACGUGUACAACUUUGAAUCACCAACAGGGGAUACUGUUUUAAUUUUAAAUGCUUUGCAGAAUUUCACUGUCAACAUUCCUAAGAUACUCAUGCAGUUUUUGUGCGUGUCUAAAAAGCACAAAAGACAAAUGCAUGUAUAGCAUACUGUAUGUGCUUUAUAUGCACAAAAAUAUACGUAGUAUUUUGAGGGGGAGGGAGUUCAGUAAAGUCUAGGUGACUUAUUGGCAGGUUUUGUUUUGCUUUGUAUAAUCACAGUUCAUUGCUGCUUGUUUCUAUAAUAAAUCAUCUUGUUACAUAAAA